GUUAAUAAAUGUUUCAGGCCAAGGUUGUCCUGUGGUUGGCUGCCCACAAAAAAGAGGUAUCACCUUAUGAUUUGAGGACAUUCAAUUUCAUAACACCUGAUGUACCCCUCCAAACUAAUGAGCACGAUUGCGGAGUUUUUGUAAUGAAAUUCAUGGAAUUGUGGUCAAUGGGGGGGGUUCUCCAAAUCAAUCGAUGUGGGGAAAUUGAAACAUUACAGGUUGAAGAUCAUGGGGAGUAUGUUGUUCUCAGCACAAAAUGCACACCGAGACCGUGUCCGGAGAGAUUAAAGGGGAUUGUAAUUUGUGAUAAGACUGUAUAAAGUUAGCACAUUUGUAUG